AUGUUAGGAAACCUGGUGGCUAGUAUAGUUUGCCUUCUCUGCACAUCAGGUGUUGUCAUCGCCGAUGACAACAGCGGUAACUUCACCAAUACGCCAGCCAUCCAGGUAAAGGGAAGCAAGUUCUUUUACUCCAACAAUGGAACCCAAUUCUAUAUGAAAGGUGUUGCAUAUCAAGCUGACACAGCCAACUCCUCCUCCACAUCCGAUGAUAUUGUCGAUCCACUGGCAGAUUACGACACCUGCUCGAGAGAUUUGCCAUAUUUGCUUGGUGCUGAGACCAACGUUGUUCGUGUUUAUGCUCUGAACACCUCUUUGGAUCACAGCAAAUGUAUGGAAGCUUUCGGCAAGGCGGGGAUCUAUGUCAUCGCAGAUCUGUCUGAGCCAUCGGAGUCCAUUAACAGGGACUCUCCAGCUUGGACGUUGGACCUUUACCAGCGUUAUACGGGCGUCAUCGACGCAAUGGCCAACUACUCAAAUGUAUUGGGUUUCUUUGCAGGUAAUGAAGUCACUAACAACAAGUCUAACACGAAUGCCUCCCCUUUUGUCAAGGCUGCCAUUAGGGACACCAAGAAGUACAUCAAAGAUAAGGGCUAUAGAGAUAUCCCUGUCGGAUAUUCGUCUAAUGACGAUGAAGAUACUAGAGUUCCAAUGGCCGACUAUUUUGCUUGCGGCGAUGAGGACGUUCGCGCUGACUUCUUCGGUAUUAACAUGUAUGAGUGGUGCGGCUCAUCAACUUUCCAAGAGUCAGGUUACGAGGACAGAACAAAGGACUUUGGUAAUUUAAGUAUUCCUGCCUUUUUCUCGGAAUAUGGUUGCAAUGCUCAAUCACCAAGAAAGUUUGAAGAAGUUGGUACAUUGUAUGGCAAGGAUAUGACAGAUGUUUGGUCAGGAGGAAUCGUUUACAUGUAUUUCGAAGAGGCAAACAAAUAUGGGCUAGUUUCGGUCGACGGCAAAAACGUAAAUACUCUGUCCGACUACAAUAACUUGAAGAGUCAGCUGGCUUCUGUAUCUCCCUCUGCCGUCCAAAUGAAUUCCUACAGCCCUUCCUCCACUUCUCUCUCAUGUCCUGCCACCAACUCAAAUUGGAAGGCUGCUACUUCUCUCCCACCUACACCAGAUAAGGAUGUGUGCGAUUGUCUACAGGGUGGUCUAUCAUGUGUUAUUAGUGACAGCGUCGACAGUAAAGAUUACGGUGAUUUAUACGAAACUCUGUGUGGCAAAAUUGAUUGCGGGGAUAUUAGUGCUGAUGGUGAGAAGGGCAGCUACGGUGCCUAUUCCUUCUGUGACAAUUCCGUCAAGCUAUCCUUUCUGCUAAACAAGUACUACGAGUCUAAUGGAAAGUCAAAAUCGGCUUGCUCUUUCGACGGAUCGGCAUCGUUGGCGUCAUCGACUAGUCAAGCUUCGUCAUGUCAAACAAAGUUAUCCUCUGCUUCAGCACAAGCCAGUGCGAGCGGAGGUAGUGGAUCUUCGAGCUCGAACGGCUCAGGUUCUUCUUCUGGAAGCGGCUCUAGCAGUAGCGCUUCAUCAACUAGCAGCAAGAAGUCAUCCGCUGGUCUACGAGUAGAACCGAUUUCUUCAGCUGGGCUAUGGCUGUUCUCUGUUUCUCUCGUUAUGGCUUCUGUGGGUAUGAUUUCCGUCAUAGUUUAA